AUGGACGACGAUUUCAGUUUCGGCACAUCUAUCUGGGCAUCGUCGACAUCAGAAACGCCGAAUGGAAAGCCCACUAGCUCGACUAAGGAGCUGCCAUUGGCUGCUGUGACUCCACCACCACAAUCCGAUGCUGACUUCGAGAAUGACGCUUUUGGCGACAAUGAUUUCGAAUUCCAGACACCACCUCAGCCGUCGGCGUCAAUGGUAGAAGAAGAUGAUUUUGGAGACUUUGGGGAUUUCGGAGAAGCUGUCGAAGGAGAUGUCUCUGAGGGCUUUACCCAAUCGUCAACGUUUACGAACGAGGACCCCUUCACUCCGCAGAGUUCUGCAGGUUGGGAAACACUACGAUUAGAUCCGUUGCCUUCAAAACCCACGUUGAAGGCGGGGAUAGGGGACAUUUUGCAGCCACUGUGGGACACUGCGGAUGCGUCAGAAUUUCUUACGGAUGACAACAUUAGACAAGUUGAAGGACUGAAUCAAAUUCUUGUAACUCCGGAAAGUCGAGGUUUGUACAAUACACUAUAUCAAACUUCACCUCCAAAUACCCAACCGCCAAACUGGACACGAUCACGAAUACGACGAAGGCACCUUGUCUCACUUGGAAUUCCUGUUAACCUCGACGAAGUUCUCCCUUCGGUAAACGGGAAAGCGUUACCUGCUCUUAAUAUCACUACCCGACCGAUGUCUGCUCCGCCAGGCUCUCGUGCUCUGAAUAGAGUAGCAAGCCCACCUCCUGCUUCUUCGAGUGCAUCACGGCCUGGCUCUAGACCUGGCUCAAGACCUCCUUCGCGUGCGGCAACACCAAAAGCAAGCCCCUUAUCUCGCAGCACAGCAACAUUUGCGCAACUCGGUCUUGGACCACCUCCUGAGGUUGACGAAGCAGCGGUUAACGAAGUUAUAUCUAUCAGCCCUGAAACCUUCACUUUACUUCCGUUAUCAACCUUAGAAGCUCGCCUAACACACGUUCGCUCGCUGACUGCGAGCACAUCUGCACUUCUCACGUACUUGCUUCAGCAACGCGACGCUCUACAGCAGGAUUCGGAGACGUAUAAUAAACUCAUUGCUGAACUGGUUGGUGAAGCUCAGAAGAUGAAGACGGGGGCAAAGACACGAAACGGUGGGAGUAGGCGAGCCAGCGGCAUGGCUUGAGCUUUGGAAUUGACAUAAUAUGUAAUAUACACAUACCUUGAUGUUAUUAUACCGUAUUGCGCCUUGACGGUGCUUGAGGGAUUAAAUCUAAC